CCCCGAUCUGCCCUUCUUCCAUCCCGUCCACGCGCUCCUCGCUCGCCGCCCCCGUCCUCUCUCUCUCUGUGCUCAGGUCAGCAAGGAGCUAGCUCUUGGUGAUGCAACUCAACGACUUUGUAUAGGAAGAUAGCAAUGCCUGCUGUACAAAAACUUUAUGAUGCUUGUAAAGCAUCCUUUACUUCAGAUGGACCAAUAUCUCCAGAGGCCCUUGAAAAAGUUCGUGCUAUUUUAGAUAAUAUGAAACCUUCUCAUGUUGGGCUUGAAUCUGAGGCACAGAUGGUGCGUGGAUGGAAGGCUACACAACAUGGUACAAAUGGGAAGAAAAGUCGCAAUGGGAGCAACCAUUAUCCACCUCCAAUCACCUAUCUGCAUCUACAUGAAUGUGAAAGCUUUUCAAUAGGAAUAUUUUGCAUGCCACCUUCAUCAAUUAUUCCUCUUCAUGAUCACCCUGGAAUGACUGUGCUGAGCAAGCUACUAUAUGGUUCAUUUCAUGUUAAGUCGUAUGAUUGGAUUGAUUUACCGGAAGGAUUUGAUACAUCAAGAGGACGGCCAGCAAGGCUUGUUAGAGAUGGUGAGAUGAGUGCACCAUGUGCGACCACCACUCUGUAUCCAACAACAGGUGGAAAUAUUCAUUGUUUCAAGGCUUUGACCUGCUGUGCACUAUUUGAUGUCCUAUCCCCUCCCUAUUCAUCAGCAGACGGCAGGCAUUGUACAUAUUAUCGUAAAUCUCCAAGAAAGGAUAUUCCUGGGUUUAUCCGAGAAGCUGGUAUCAAGGCAUCCGAAUUUGCUUGGCUAGAAGAGCAUCAACCCCCCGAUAGCUUUGUGGUUCAAAGAGGACUUUACAAAGGCCGUCCCAUCUCCAUCUGACGUUCUCUACUUUCUACUGGUGUAACAUAAUAUCUAUCAAAUGACUGAUCUUGAGGUUUCUUGUUUCCUCUGAUCUGUCCCCUAUAUUAGUUUGUCCAUAAAGUUAGAAAUAAUAUCUUACUGUGGUGGUUCGGGCCUCAUUCUGUAUAUGCUGUUUUACAAUUUUCUUGAAGCUUGAUUCAAUGUUUGCGAGUGUGUCGCAUCUCGAGGGAGUUCAUCUGGACAUGUAAUUUGAGGUAUAAUGCUAGUCCAAUUUGAGGUAAGAUAAGCCCAAGCAUGAUCAAUUUUGACCUGAUCUC